AAUAAUUUAAAUAAAAUUACUUUUUAAAAAUAUUGAUAUUCCACAAUUAAAAUUAAUAAAUAAUACGAAUUAUUAUUUCAACGAAAUAAAUAAAUAAAAAACUGAAAAUUUAUUAUGGAAAUUAGCUGUGCAAUAUGUGAUGAUAAAUUCAAUACAACUUGUCAUAUCGGAGCUACUCUAUGUGGGCAUGUCUUUCAUUACGAAUGUUUUUCAAAAUGGGAAGAGAGAUCAAACACUUGCCCCCAAUGUAGACUGGUGGUUGAAACCAAUGAUAUGCGUAGAUUGUAUUUAAAUAUUAAUCAAGAAAAAGAGUACCAUCUUGCUGAAAAUUGUGUUGCUGAAGAUUUUGCUAAAGAAUUGGAUUUUGUUUUAGAACAAAAUAAUUUACUAAAGAGUGAAUUUAAAGUAGGAGAAGAAAAUUUAGAAAAAUUAAUGUGUGAAAAAUUAUCUCUCCGUGAUGAAAUAGAAACUCUUAAAGCUAAUGUAGAGGAAACUAAUAUUAAAUAUACAAAUUUAAAACGUAAUUUAAAAAAAUAUAAAAAAGAAACAACAAAGGUAAUCGAAAACUUACAAACAUUGGGCAAGGACUUAUGCAAUAUACAAAUUCAAUUACGAAUUUUAGAAUCAAUAGAAGAAGUGACGGAUGAAAAUGACGAGGUAAUAGAGUCAAGUUCAAGUGAAACAUAGAGAUUUUACGUAAAAGUACAAUCAUUUCCAAUUUACUCUAUCCAGUAAUUAAAAUUAA